AUGUCUUCUGAACAUGUAAUUCUUGCUAAUUCAAUUAAAAAAGUACAUCAACAAUUACGCCGUGAUGUAAAUCAAACACCUGAAGCGAUUGAAUCGAUUUGGAAUGCACAUGUAUCGAAUAUUGAUACAUUAAAUAAUUACGCACAAUCAAUGCGUCAACUUGCUGAACAUCAUUGGGCAGAAAAAUCUCAUGGUCAAACACGUUUAACAUGGUGUUAUGAAACUAUAAAAAAUUAUUUUCAUGGAGAUGAAAUCAGUGGUCUACAAAGAAAAUGUGCUCGAGAUCAACGAAAACAAAUUAAGACAGAUAUUUGUUCAAAUUGUCAAAUAAAAAUUCAACAACGCAUUGAUAAACCACGUGUAUUAGAUGUUGGGAGUUGUUACAACGCAUUUUCUAGUUUUAAUGAUCUCGAAACUAUAGCAAUUGAUAUUGCACCAGCUGAUGAAUCAGUACAUCGUAUCGAUAUUUUACGUGGUCCUCAACCACCACUGAUUUCGAUACAUUCAUUUGAUACAAUUAUUUUUUCACUUGUUCUCGAUUAUUUACCUACAUGUCAUCAACGACUUUCUGCUUGUCGUAUUGCUCAUGAACUUCUUACAUGUCUUGGUUUAUUAUUAAUCGUAGAACCAGAUUCAUCUUUACGUGGUAAUCGACAAAAAUCUUGGCGACAAGCACUUGAGCAGAUUGGGUUUGGUUUAGUAUCAUAUGUUAAAGUAAUGAAUUUACAUUGUAUGGCUUUUCGAAAACUAAUUACAUUACCAAUAAUGACUGAAAAUGAUCUGGAACAAAUAUCUCAAUUAUUUAAUAUUCCUCAAGAUACUAUCAUUGAUGAUGAUGAUGAUGAUGAAUCAUUGAAUAUUGAACAAAAACCGAUUGUUAUAGAUCAGGAACUAUUUAAUGAACUUCCAUUUUCAUUUGAUUAG